CCCUUUCCUUGGAGAGAACAAAAAAAAAAAAAAAUCAGAAACCCUAGAAUUACGUCAUUCUCUCCGGCGAAUUACCUUUUUCAGUUCAAGACCGUCGGCCGGCGUACCUCUAAAAUCAUUCAAAAUGGCUAUGUACAUUCGUGUUAAGCGUAAUAAGACGACUUACUUUUUGCAAUGUGAUGCAACUGAGAAAAUUUUAGAUAUUAAGGAAAAGUUGCAUAACCUCAUCGAUCAGCCCGUUAAUGAUCAGCGUUUAAUUUUAGUCGCGACCGGAGAAGUCUUGGAUGAUUCAAAGACAUUGGCUGAUCAAAAGGUUGAAAAUGAUGCUGUUGUGGCACUUGUGUUGAGAAAAGAUGACAACGAAUUUGAGGAUGUGAACAUAGUGAGACCAGAUGAUUUUUAUCAGUCUCGUGAUGCAGACGCUACUGGUAAUUGGUAAGGUAGAGAAGGCCUCAUGGAGCAGGUCUUAUUUCAAGAAAAAACAUGUAAAAUCCAUGGAAUAGCAAACAUUUUGUAAGCCCUAUGAUGUUACUGUUUAUAUUCAGAUCGCACAUGUUUAUUGCGUUA